AUGGCAGCCCCACCUGCAGGCAUCCUCACGCCUGAACAGUCUCCCCCGCAGGCGACAGGCAUCAAGAUGCAGUACUACGACUGCUACAACGGGGACUCCCCUGACGCCCAGCCCCCCAGCCAGCCGGGUCCGGGCGCUGAGAGACAGGCGUCUGCACCGCUGAGACGCCCAUCCACCGCUGCCGAAGCCGUCCUGUCUCGCUAUCGCAGCUUCCGUGACAAGAGCAUCUCCCCCACGACUCAACGGAUCAAGGACUUUGACAUCUUCCGCGAUCAUCAUCACCAGCAGCAGCAGCAGCAGCAAUCGCCAUCUCGACCUCAGACUCGGCAAUCCCAUCAAUCUCAGCUCCAGACCGAACCUCGCCCCCAAACCCCCCAGGAGCAGACCCAGCCUCAGCGCUCCCGACCCCAGCAACUCUUCACUCCUACCCACUCUCCCACACGCAUCAGGUCACUCAGCACGGACGCCCAUGUCGCCGCGUCAUCCUCCUCGUCCCACGAUGCCGUCAGCAGCGGUACCAGCAUUACCCGUCCCACCACGGCCGGUGCCGCCGCCGCCGUCGUCCCCCCCAACACCAACAGCAACGCCAGGAAGGACAGGACGGCGACCGCAGCGGCAGCGGCAGCACCGGUAGCAGCAGCACCAGCACCAGCACCGAAAGAAGCUGCAUGUGGUGGUAGCGCAGCACAAGACAAUACUGAUCUCAAUCCUCCUAAUUGGCCACCGCACCAGCAAGCCGCCACCACCACCACCACCACCACCACCACCAGUACCGCUCGGAAAUUCUCUGUCCUGACCCCAAAGUCGACCAACAUCUUUUCCGAUCUCAGGAAGAAGAGCAGAGGCGGUGAGGACAACAAGAUCCGCAAGAAGAGACCUUCUGCUGGCCCUGCCGGUGACCUCGACAGGAACCUCCCUCUAACUCCGCCGUCCUCGUCGCAUCGCCAGAGGCCUACCACCACUGCCACCGCUGCCAACAGGGAACACGCCAGCAGCGUCAUCCCCUGGGCUGAGGAGGUCGCCAGGCUCAAGGCUGAGAAGGAGCAGGGCGACGGCGACGGCGACGACGACGACAACAACAACCGCAACAGCAAACGCCGCACCAGCUUUCAAGACGAUCACCAUCGGCAGCAGGCGACACCCACCGCCACCCCCUCCCCCAAGUCGCGAUCCAGGAAACUCUUCGGGUUCCUCAAGAGGACAAACACAAACCGCGCCGCGCCCGACGCCGACAGUCGGCUGACCACGCCCCGAGACGCCCAGUCCAAGGCGAUCGACUCGGAUAUCGAAAACAAGAGACCCUCGACCAGCGCCUCCGAGGUCUCUAGUCUGGGCCCGUCCAUCAUGGACUUUGACGUGCCGACCACGGCCAGCAACGGCGGCGAGAGGCGCGUGACGGUGCGAUGCCAAUCCUCCACCAUCAGCCUGCCCGUGUACAACGACACCACCCCGAUGGACAUUGUGCGCGAGACGGCUAACCGAGUCGUCCACGCGCUGGACCCGACCACGGCGACGGUAUACGAGUGCUACGAGGUGCUCGGCCUGGAGCGCCGCAUGCGUCAGUACGAGCACGUGCGCGACGCCAUGAACUCGUGGGACCGUGACAGGCAGAACUCGCUGCUCAUCAUCGGCCACAGCGCGCGCCAGCCGGACGACGCCGACCUCGAGGCCGACUCGGUCCCCCGCACCGAGGAGCCUCCCCCCGUGGGCUUCACGGUCCACAUGCACCACUCCAGCCGUCCGGGCAAGUGGAACAAGCGGUACAUAACCCUCAUGGACAACGGCCAGAUGGUGGCCUCGAAGAAGAUGGAGGGCAGCGGCGCCGACCGCGACACCACGACGCUCUGCCACCUAUCCGACUUCGACAUCUACCUGCCCCGCGAGAACCAGACGCGCCGCCACCUCAAGCCGCCCCGCGACUUCUGCUACGCCAUCAAGUCGCAGCAGAAGACGGCCCUGUUCCCCAACGGCGACAACUUUGUCCACUUCUUCUCCACCGAUGAUGAGGAUCUCGCCCGCCGCUUCUACGACGCCGUCCACGCCUGGCGCAGCUGGUACCUCGCCGUCCGCGUCCACGGCAUCCUCGACGACUCCGACUCGGGCGACUCCGCCCUGUCCUUCAAGGUCUCGGACGACAAGCCUCCCUACCUCGACCUCAAGCAGAUCUCCGAGGCGGCAGCCGCACGCGUCGAGCGCCAGAAGCUGGAGGAGGAACAGCAGAAGCAGAAGCAGCACAAGCUCCAGCAGCAGCAGCAGCAGCAGCAGCAGCAGCAGCCCGCGAACACGACGCUCCUGGGGAACCUCUACGGCGAAGGGGAAUUCCUCGCCGGGGGCCUGCUGGGCGACUCAUACGACAAGCGCAAGCAGGAAGCCGACGGCGUCGGCAUCGCCAGGAAGCCCGUCGCCGCCAACGACGGUCCCUUCACCGACGGCCCCUCGCUGCUCAACAGCGCCUACCAGCAGCAGGCCGACGGCGGCAGGAAGCCCGAGCCGUCGACGCCUUGGUUCCCCUCCGCGCUCGAGCACUCCGCACGCGAGCAGUCCAGCCGCACGCGCAGCAUGUCCCGGCCGGAGCAGCCGACCCGCCGUCCCACCACAGCCGGGGCCCCGCUCGUCCGUCGCGGCACGACCAACACGGCUAGACCGCCUCACUACGGCGGCGCCGGCGCCCAUGCCUCGUCGGAGCAACACCCGCGGGCACUCGGCCGCGCCCGCACCAUCGGUCUCGGCAUUCCCCCUCCCGCCUCCCGGCAGGCCGCGCAGCCGGUCCACGGCCGGCGGUCCGCCGCAGCAGCCUACACUCCUGGCGCAGCAGCGCUCCGUCAGGCAGCCCAGGAGUACCGAGUGGACGGACGGGUCGUACGGGAGGCAGCCCAGGCGGCAGGCGUCUACUCGUCACGAGCCGCUGAUUAA